GAUUGUGUGCACGGAGCUUCCCACUUGGAAACAGACUCACCGACUCGUCUGGGCCCCAGAACCCCGCGGAGCUGCCUGACUUCCCCCCGGACACCUCUCCUCUGGCCGGGCUCCUGUGCUCACAUCUCAUCUGUUCGUCCUCGCUUCUCAGAACCCGACCCAUCGAUUCCUCCAGUCUCCUCUAGCUUCAUCCAUGCGCUGCUGAGCCAGAGGACUGAAGAUGAAGAGCAGGUUGUCUCUGGCGGUGGCCGCCGUGCUGCUGCUGAUGGCCUCCUCCUCCCAGGCCCAGGACACAGUCGACCCUCCGUCAGAUUUGAGGUUUAAGAUUUUAAACGAGAACACGGUGCAGAUGAUCUGGAGCAGACCCGGGUCCAGGAUCCAGGGCUACCGGAUCCAAGUGACCUCGGACGCAGAAGAACCAAGAAAAGAAUUUACGCUGCCUGCCUCUGCGACUAAGACUUCCAUCUCCAACCUGAGUCCAGAUGUGGAAUAUGUUGUAACGAUAUCAGCGUACGCCGGAUCGGAGGAGAGUCUGCCCAUCUCCGGCCAGAUCACACUUGAGUCCGGUGGCAGAGCUCCAUCCAGGAAGCCUGAGCCUUCAGAUUCAGUCAAAUGCUCUGUGAGUGCCAUCGCCGAUGUCUUGUUUUUGGUGGACGGCUCCUGGAGCGUGGGCCGACCGAACUUCAAAUACAUCCGCAGCUUCAUCUCGGCGGUGGCCGGAGCGUUUCAGAUCGGAGAGGACAGGUCCCGAGUGGGUGUGGUGCAGUACAGCAGCGACACCAGGACCGAGUUCAACCUGAACAGUCACAUGACCCGGGCGGCGCUGCUGCAGGCCGUGGGCUCGCUGCAGUACAAGGGAGGAAACACCAUGACAGGCGAUGCCCUCAGCUACCUCAUGGAAAACACCAUCUCGCAGGCCGCCGGCGCCAGGCUGAAUCUCCCCAAAGUGCUGGUCAUCAUCACAGAUGGCAAAUCUGAGGACGCAGUGGAGGGUUACGCCAAGCAGCUCAGGAGCGGUGGGGUGGAGAUCUUUGUCCUCGGUGUCGGUCAGGCCGAUGAAGCUGAGAUGAAGCUGAUGGCCUCCACGCCUCACAGAAGUCACAUCUACAAUGUCGCCACCUUCGACAUGAUCAAGAACGUGCAGAGAGAGCUCAUCAUGCAGAUCUGCGCCGGGGUCGAGGAUCAACUCAGCUCACUGGUCAGCGGAGAGGAAGCUGUUGAGCCGGCCUCUAACCUCCAAGUCCUGGAGGUGGCCUCGAAGUCCGUGCGUGUGACCUGGGACGCCUCCAUCGGGGAGGUCUCCGGAUAUAAGGUGCAGAUGAUCCCCAUGAUGACCGGCAGAAAGCGGCAGGAGCUGUACGUGGGCCCGUCCCAGGCCACGGUGGUGGUCAGAGACCUUUCUCCAGACACAGAGUACCAGAUCAGCCUGUUCGCUCUGAGGGGCCUGGCGCCCAGCGAACCCGUCGUGGUCAUGCAGAAGACAGAGCCCAUUAAACUGUCAGUGGAAUGUUCUCUGGGGAUGGACGUUCAGGCCGACGUCGUCCUCCUGGUCGACGGCUCCUACAGCAUCGGUCUGGCCAACUUUGCCAAAGUGAGAGCUUUCCUCGAGGUGCUGGUGAACAGCUUCGACAUCGGGGCCGGAAAGGUUCAGAUCAGCUUGGUCCAGUACAGCAGGGACCCUCACACCGAGUUCUACCUGAACACUCACCACGACCUGGCUGCCGUGGUCAAGGCCGUGAGGACCUUCCCUUACAGGGGCGGCUCCACCAACACCGGCAGGGCCAUGACCUACGUGAGGGAGAAGAUCUUCCUGACCAACCGGGGGGCGCGUUCCAACGUUCCUCGUGUUACCAUCCUCAUCACCGACGGGAAGUCGUCCGACGCCUUCCGGGACCCGGCCACGAACCUGAGGAACUCCGACGUGGAGAUCUUCGCAGUGGGCGUUAAGGACGCUGUACGAAGUGAGCUGGAGGCCAUCGCCAAUAAGCCUGCUGACACCCAUGUGUACACCGUGGAGGACUUUGAUGCCUUCACCAGAAUCUCCAAAGAGCUGACGCAGUCCAUCUGCCUGAGGAUCGAGCAGGAACUUCGCACGAUCUUACAGAGACAACUGGUUCAGCCGAGGGACCUGUCCUUCUCGGAGGUCGGCCCCAGGAUCUUCAGGGCCUCGUGGGAGAUUGACUCCAACGACGUUGAGUCCUUCUUGGUUCAGUUCAAGCCGGCAGAUGAUACCGAUGGACAUUAUGUCUCCAUGUCUGUGCCCUGGAACACACUCACCACCCUCCUCCCCCACCUCAACCCGCUCACCCGCUACGAGGUCAACGUUAACGCUCACUACGCCAAAGGGGAGAGCCUACCUGCCACAGGCUAUGAAACCACUUUAGAAGAAAAAGGCCCCGUGCGCAACCUGCGGGUUUCUGAGGAGACGACCGACAGCUUCAGAGCGUCCUGGCUUCCAGCUCCUGGAGCCGUCACUCGUUACCGUCUGACCUACCAACCCGUCGGGGACGAGAGCUCCAGGCUUGAGACGACAACCGACGGCCCCGAGACCACGAGCGUCCUCCGGCAGCUUCGGCCCCGAACCACGUACCGCGUCACCGUCACUCCCGAGUACCAGUCCGGCCCCGGAGUGCCACUGCAAACCGACGGCACCACCAAAGAAGACGCCGGGGCUCCGAGGGACCUGGUGACCAGCGACGUGACCGACACCAGCUUCACGGCGUCCUGGACGGCAGCGCCUGGGAACGUGCAGAUGUACCGGGUGAACUGGAGGUCGCUGUUUUCCAAGGAAUCCGGAGAGAAGACGGUACCGGGCCACGUGACCAGCACCGCGCUGGACGGUCUGAGCCCGGAGACACUGUACCAGGUGUCUGUGGUCGCCGCCUACAGUCACAAAGACAGCGUCCCGCUCACCGGACAGGAAACCACUGAUGCCUCCGCUGCCGGUAAAGCUCUGACUGUGUCGGACGAGACCGAGCGAUCCAUGAAGGUCGCGUGGACGCCGGCGCCGGGCAAGGUGCUCCACUACCGGCUGAAGUACGUCCCGAGUGGGGGGGGCAAGGAAGUGGCGAUGAAGAUCCCUGGGGCGGCCACUUCCACCAUCAUGAGGCGCCUGCAGCCGAAGACCACGUACCACAUCACCGUUCACCCCAUGUACAAGCGCGGGGAAGGCAAAGCAAGGCAAGGAGUAGGAACGACACUGUCGCCCUACAAGAGUCCGCAGAACCUCCAGACCUCCGAACCCACCAGGAACAGCUUCAGAGUCUCCUGGGAUCACGCCCCCGGGGACGUGCAGGGCUACAAGGUGACCUUCCACCCCAGUGGGAACGACAUCGACCUGGGGGAGCUGCUCGUGGGCCCCUAUGACAACACCGUGGUCCUAGAGGAACUCAGGGCAGAAACCAAAUACUCUGUGUCCGUGUCCGGGAUGUUUAAGGGAGGCGAGAGCGUUCCUCUGGCCGGAGAGGAGAAGACGACCCUCUCCGACGCUCCGGAGCCUCCUCCCCUCAACGACCUUGGCACUCAGUGUAAGACCUCAGCCAUGGCCGACAUCGUGCUGCUGGUCGACGGCUCCUGGAGCAUCGGACGCAUCAACUUCAAAACCAUCCGCAACUUCAUCGCCCGCAUGGUCAGCGUCUUCAGCAUCGGGCCGGACCGAGUCCAGAUCGGUCUGGCUCAGUACAGCGGAGACCCGAAGACCGAGUGGCACCUGAACGCCCACCCGACCAAGGCGUCGCUGAUGGAGGCCAUCGCCAAUCUCCCGUACAAAGGAGGAAACACCAUGACGGGAAUGGCUCUGAACUUCAUCCUCCAGACCAACUUCAAGGCCAGCGUGGGAAUGAGAGCCGGCUCCCGCAAGAUCGGUGUCCUGAUCACAGACGGAAAGUCCCAGGACGAAAUCGUCUUCAACUCCCAGAAGCUGAGGGAGAGCGGCAUCGAGCUGUACGCCAUCGGUGUGAAGAACGCUGACGAGAACGAGCUGAGGUCCAUCGCCAGCGAUCCCGACGAGAUCCACAUGUACAACGUCAACGACUUCAAGUUCCUCACGGACAUCGUGGACGACCUCACCGGCAACCUGUGUAACAGCGUCAAGGGUCCAGAAGCGGAACUGGAGGCGCCCACCGACCUGGUGACCUCCGAGGUGACCCACCACUCCUUCCGGGCCAGCUGGACGGCGCCCGACGGGCCCGUGGACAACUUCCGUGUCACUUACCAGAUGGUGGCAGGAGGACCCACCCAGGAGCUGCUGGUGGACGGGACGGUGAGCAGCACGGUGCUGGAGGGCCUGACGCCUCUGACCGAGUACAUGGUCCACGUCUACUCUGUGAAGAGCGAGAUCAACAGCGAGCCCCUGAGGGGCACAGAGAUCACCUUGCCGCUGCCAGCAGCACAGAACAUGAUUGUUUACGACGAGGCCGUCACCACCAUGAGGGUGAGAUGGGAGCCGGCGGCCGGAGCCUCGGGCUACAUGCUGCUCUACAAGUCCACCAACGCCUCCGAGCCCCAGCUGGAGAAAGAGGUGCGAGUGGCAGGUGGUGUGACGGACCUGCAGCUGGAGCAGCUCAUCCCCAACACGGCCUACUCCAUCAGGCUGCUGGCUCUGCACGGGGAGGCUGUCAGCCAGCCGCUGGACGGGGGGGGAGUCACCUUGCCCGUGCCUCCUGCUGGAGUCCUGAGCAUCAGUGACGUGACCCACAGCACCAUGAGGCUCCGCUGGGACGCUGCUCCUGGAGCCGUGCGCAGAUACCUGAUCACCUACAAGCCCGAAGAAGGAGAUCUGAAGGAGGCUGAGGUCAGCGGGGACGUCACCAACCUGGACCUGUCCAGCCUCAUGUCCCAGACCGAGUACGACGUGGCCGUCACCCCGAUCUACGACGAGGGCCCCGGGACCACGAUGAUCGGAUCUGCCAUCACAGACGUGGUCCCGGCCCCCAAGAGCCUGGUCUUCUCCGAGGUGAGCCACACCUCGUUCAGGGCCUCCUGGGAGCACGGGGCCCCGGACGUGGCCCUCUACCGCAUCGGCUGGAGCAAGAAGGGGGAGAACAACUACCAGUUUGAGAUCCUGAGCAGCGAGGAGACGUCCCACGUCCUGCCCAACCUGGACAUCGACACCGAGUACGACGUCACGGUCACAGCCAUCUACCCGGACGAGUCAGAGAGUGAAGACCUGAUGGGAGGAGAACGCACACUGUUAAAGGCUCCAGUGGUGCCUCCAGAGCCUCCUCGGAACCUGAGGGUUCUAAACGCCACCGUCUCCUCGCUGGCGGUGAAGUGGGAACACGCCCCCGGCAACGUGCAGAACUACGUGAUCAGCUACAGACCCAGCGCUGGAGGCGAGACCCUCUCCACGCAGGUCGGAGGGAAGAAGACCAGCGUGGUCCUGCAGAAGCUCCAGCCCGACACUCCUUACUCCAUCUCUGUGGCGGCGCUCUAUCCCACCGGCGUCAGCAGAGACCUCUCCGGAGACGGACGCACCAAGCCUCUGGGCGGAGUGAGGAGCCUGCAGGUGCUGAACCCGACCAUGACCACCCUGAACGUGCGCUGGGAGGCGGCCGAGGGCCGAGUGAAGGAAUACAAGGUGCUCUACGUGCCUGCAGCCGGAGGAGCUGAGAGCACGGAGACGGUGUCGGCCGGGACCACCACCACCACGCUGCGAGGCCUGCAGCCCGACACCCUCUACUCCGUGGCCCUGGUGCCGGUGUACGCCGAGGGCGACGGGAGGACCAUGUCGGAAAAUGGAAAGACAAGGGCACUGGGAGGUGUGAAGAACCUGAAGGUCACCAAACCCACCAUGACCUCUCUGACCGUGGACUGGGACCCUGCAGAUGGCGCUGUUCGCCUCUACAAGGUCUUCUUCGUGCCGGCCGCCGGCGGCAAGGAGGAGAUGGAGCAGGUUCCCACCGGCACCACCUCCAUCAUCCUCAGGAACCUGAUGCCCGACACGCCCUACACCGUGUCGGUGCUGCCGGUCUAUCCGGCCAGGGAGGGAAAGCGCCAGUCAGAGAACGGAAAGACACUGCCUUUGGGCGGAGUGGGCAACAUGAGGGUGACCAAUCCAACCAUCACCACGCUGACGGUGACCUGGAACCCUGCUGACGGAAACGUUCAGGGCUACAAAGUGAUCUACACUCCCACAGACGGGGGAAUGGUGAUCACGGAGCAAGUGUCGGAGAGCACCACCUCCACCGUCCUGGAGAAGCUCCUGCCCGACUCCUCCUACACCGUCACCGUGGUGCCCGUCUACGCCGAGGGGGACGGACCCGUCCUGUCCGACAUCGGGAAGACAAAGCCGCUGGGUUCAGUGAGGAACCUGCAGGUGACCGAUCCCACCACCAGCUCGCUGAACGUCCGCUGGGAGCCGGCCGAGGGCAACGUGAGGGAAUACAUCGUGACCUGGGUGCCGACGGCCGGAGGGGAUCAGGAAGUGGACCAGGUCUCUGGAACCACCGCCUCCACCGUCCUGAAGAGCCUGGAGCCCAACACCGAGUACACCGUCACGCUGGUGCCCGUCUACCACGAGAUGGAGGGCAAGCCGCUGUCUGAGAACGGGAAGACCAAUCCUCUGGGUGGCGUGAAGAACCUGCAGGUGAUGGACCCGACCACCAGCAGCCUGACGGUCCGCUGGGAUCCGGCUGUGGGCAACGUGCGGAGCUACAAGGUCUUCUACGCUGCUCAGCCGGGAGGAGAGGAGCUGAUGGAGGAGGUGACCGGCGGCACCACCACCACCGUCCUGAGGAACCUGGACACCGACACGCUCUACAACGUGGCCGUGGUUCCUGUGUACCCCGACGUGGAGGGCAUCCGACAGGCGGAGAAGGGCCGGACCAAGCCUCUGAGCGGAGCUAAGAACCUGAAGGUGACUGACCCCACCACCAACUCGCUGAGGGUUCGCUGGGACGCGGCCGAGGGCGACGUCAGGACGUACCAGAUCAUCUACGCCCCCGCCGCCGGAGGGGCCGACAGCAUGACUCAGGUUUCUGGGAUGUCCACCAGCACUGUCCUCAGAGAGCUGCAGCCGGACACCGAGUACAAAGUCACGCUGGUGCCCGUGUACGCCGACGUGGAGGGGAAGCGCUCGUCAGAGAACGGAAAGACAAAGCCUCUGGGCGGAGUCAAGAACCUGCAGGUCACCGACCCCACCACCAGCUCCCUGAAGGUCCGCUGGGAGCCAGCGGAGGGCAACGUCCGGCAGUACCGCAUCUUCUACGUGCCAGCGUCCGGUGGCGCCGAGGACAUGGAGCAGGUGUCGGGCGGCACCACCAACACCGUGCUGAGGAGCCUGCUGUCGGACACGCCCUACACCGUGACCGUGGUCCCAGUCUACCCAGAGGGAGAAGGUCUGCGUCAGACCGACAGCGGAAAGACUCUCCCACGCACGCCACCCAGGAACAUCCAGGUGUACAACCCCACCCCCAACAGCCUGAACGUGCGCUGGGAGCCCGCCUCAGGCCAGGUUCAGCAGUACCGCGUGGCCUACUCCUCCCUGAGCGGAACCAGGUCCACGGGCUCGGUUCUGGUUUCAGGAAGUGUUAACAACGCCUUCCUGGACAACCUGGUCCCGGACACGCCCUACUCAGUCAGCGUCUCCGCCAUUUACGCCGACGGAGAGGGAUCUCCGGUGAGCGACCCCGGCAAAACACUGCCACGUGCCGGUCCCAGGAACAUGCGUGUGUUCGAUGCCACCACCAGCACCCUGACCAUCGGCUGGGAGCACGCCGAGGGGCCGGUGAGGCAGUACCGGAUCGCCUACGCCCCCAUGACCGGGGACCCCAUCACCGAGUUCACCGUGGUUCCUGGAAACAGAAACAACGCCAUGCUGCAGAACCUGCAACCAGACACCCCGUACAACAUCACCGUGGAGGCCAUCUACGCCGAGGGGCCCGGGGGGGCGCUCACCGGACCCGGACGUACAGUCGGCCUCCUGAGCCCCAGGAACCUCCGUGUCUCAGAUGAGUGGUACACCCGCUUCCGGGUGUCCUGGGACCCAGUGGCAGCGCCGGUCCACGGCUACAAACUGAUCUACGCUCCUCAAGGCACCAACCAGUUUGUGGAUCUAUUCGUGGGCGACGUGUCGUCUUACACUUUGCACAACCUGCAGCCGGGAACCCCCUACGACGUGAAGGUGAUCGCUCAGUACACCGGCGGUCUGAGUGGGCCGCUCGCUGGACAGGGAACCACACUUUACCUGAACGUGACCAACAUCGAGACCUUCGACGCCGAUCACGACAAGUUCUGCAUCAAGUGGACUCCUCACCGGGCGGCCACGUCCUACCGCAUCAAGCUCCACCCUGUGGACCCCUCCAGCAAAGGGCAGCAUGAGAUCACCAUCCCGGCCGGCCUGCCUCAGUACUGCUUCGACGGCCUCUCGCCCGACGCUCUGUACAGCGCCACCGUGUUCGUCCAGACUCCGAACCUGGAGGGGCCGGGGGUCAGCGCCAAGGAGAGGACACUGGUGAAGCCGACUCCAGCUCCAACUUUCCCACCAACCCCGACACCUCCGCCCACCAUCCCCCCCGCAUGGGCAGUUUGCAAAGGAGCCAAAGCAGACGUGGUGUUCCUCAUCGACGGCUCCUGGAGCAUCGGAGAGGAGAGCUUCACCAAGGUCCGGCACUUCAUCUCCGACAUGAUCGGAGCCUUCGAUGUGGUCGGACCCUCGGGGAUGCAGGUCUCGUUCGUGCAGUUCAGCGACAGCGCCAAGACGGAGUUCAGGCUGAACGCUUACCAAGACAAAGGGAUCGCCAUGUCCUCUCUUCAUCACAUCCGCUACAGAGGAGGAAACACAAAGACAGGAAUCGCCCUGAAACACACCUACGAAAAGGCCUUUUCACUGGAGAACGGAAUGAGGAGGAACGUCCCCAAGGUGGUGGUGGCCAUCACAGACGGACGCUCUCAGGACGAGGUGAAGCAGAGCGCCGCCAAGCUGCAGCACGCAGGUUACAGCGUCUUUGCCAUUGGCGUGGCCGAUGUGGACUUCGUGGAGCUGCAGCAGAUCGGCAGCAAACCCAGCGACCGCCACGUGUUCGUCGUGGACGACUUCGAUGCGUUCGACACCAUCAAAGAAAACCUGAUCACCUUCAUCUGUGAAACUGCUUCGUCCUCCUGUCCCCUGAUCUUCUUGAAUGGAUUCACGUCACCGGGCUUCCGGAUGCUGGAGGCGUUCAACCUGACGGAGAAGACCUACGGAUCUGUGAAAGGUGUUUCCAUGGAGUCGGGCUCCUUCAACAGCUACACAGCGUACAGACUCCACAAGGACGCCUUCCUGACGCAGCCCACCACAGAGGUCCACCCUGAGGGACUCCCCCACGCCUACACCGUCAUCCUCAUGUUCCGCCUGCUCCCAGACUCUCCCAGCGAGGCCUUCGACAUCUGGCAGGUGUCCAACAAGGACCACCAGCCAGAGACCGGCGUCACCAUCGACCCCUCCAGCCAGACCGUGUCCUUCUACAACAAGGACGAGCGCGGCGAGAUCCAGAAGGUCACGUUCGACAACAGUCAAGUGAAGAGGAUGUUCCACGGGAGCUUCCACAAGCUCCAUCUCCUGGUUUCCUCCACCAGCGUCAAACUCAACGUGGACUGCCAAGAGGUGGAUGAGAAGGAGAUCAAGGCGGCUGGGAACACGUCCAGCGACGGCUACCAGGUCCUGGGCAAGAUGUCCAAGUCCGUCGGCUCCACGGGACAAUCUGCAACUUUCCAGCUCCAGAUGUUUGAUAUCGUCUGCAGCUUGGCCUGGACCAGCCGGGACAGAUGCUGUGACCUCCCGUCUAUGAGGGACGAGCUGAAGUGUCCGGCUCUGCCUAACUCCUGUACCUGCACCUCCGAGGGCUCCGGGCCCCCGGGGCCUCAGGGUCCGAUGGGUGCCCCUGGAAGCAAAGGUCCCCGAGGGGAAAGAGGAGAAGCAGGUUCUGCUGGGCCGAUCGGCCCGCGGGGGGAUAACGGACCACCGGGGCCCAUGGGUCUACCCGGCCCUCAAGGACCCAGCGGGAUGUCGAUUCCAGGAGAGGCUGGCCGGCCUGGACCCAAGGGAGACCACGGAGACUCUGGUUUACCUGGACAGAAGGGUUCACCUGGUCCUGCAGGGUCUCACGGCCCGAUCGGACCGGCGGGAGUCAGGGGCCCUCAAGGAAAGGAAGGACCAGCUGGACCCAGAGGCCCCACAGGGCCCAUGGGACCCCCAGGAUCUCCAGGGACAUCAGGAGCCCCAGGACAACCGGGACAGAACGGAGACUCUGGUCCUCCCGGCUCCCUCGGCCCCAAAGGAGACAGAGGAGAGAGAGGCGACUUCGCUCCUCAGAACAUGAUGAGGUCCAUCGCCAGACAAGUGUGUGAGCAGCUCGUCAACUCGCAAAUGUCUCGAGUCAACACGUUACUGAACCAGAUCCCCAACGGCCAGCAGCGCAGUAACAGCCCCGGACCUGCAGGGCCCCCCGGACCACCCGGCAGGCAGGGGCCCCGCGGAGAGCCGGGCACCGCAGGAAGGAACGGCUUCCCAGGAAGUCCCGGUCAGCCCGGUCAGCAGGGAGAGAGAGGUCUCGGAGGAGAGAAAGGUGAACGAGGACUUUCGACCGUCGGGCAGAAAGGAUCGAGAGGACCUCCAGGUCCACCAGGAGAAAGCAGGACAGGACCUCCAGGCCCGGCCGGCUCCACUGGACCCCGCGGUCCCCCUGGACGUGGAGGCUACGCUGGAGUCCGUGGUCCUCCUGGACCUUCUGGAUACUGCGACUCCUCUCAGUGUGUCGGUAUUCCUUACAACGGACAAGGAUACGUAGGUUCAGCAUAGUAAACUUUCUCACCUGUGCUGCUUUCGCUGACUUCCUGAAAAACCCCAAACUCAAAACGUCCUGUAACUGAACGCUCGCUUGCUCGCUCUAGAGCUGUUUUAAGGAAUAACGGCCAACGGAAAAAAACAUUAACAAACUAUGCUGAGAAACAACACAACAACAAAGAGGGAACCGGUACUAACAUCGACUCACAGCCACUAGACAAACAGCAGCGGCGGCGGCGGCGGCAGCAGAAGCGGUGAUGACACCGACCUGUUUGAACCUCGGAGACCAAACAAAGGAACCUUGUGUUCAGAGGAGGAGCAUGAAACGACAACAGCAACAAACAACCACACAAAUACUAACAAAGGUGGAUUUUUAACAGAGAAACAUCUGCAUCCUCUGCAGCAGCAGCAGCAGCAGCCCUGUUAACAGCAUUUCUCUCCAGGUGCCGUGUAAAUAAACUAAUGUGAGCUUUGUAAAUGAUGUUUGAAUCAAGUCAGUUUCCAGAUCUGUUCUGUUAAAGCUUGUGCCUUGCAAACCACAACCUGCUGCUUGCUGACCAGUCGCCUCUUUUCUCCAUGUGUUGGAAACUGCUCCGGGUCAAACUCAAUCACUUCUGCACAUGUGGCCCUGGAGGUUCAGGUUCCACUUCAUGUACCAAACCAACCACAGAUCCAGAUCCUCCUGGUUUCAUCUUCUCCUAGAGCUGUGUCUGUGCUUCAUGACUAACAAAGGUCCCAAAGCGUCUCUCCAGAGGAACACGACUGUAUGAGACCCAUUAGAGUCCAGCACUGAAACAGGACCACAGGGGCGUGUCCACAGUGGAGGUGCUCACAUGGUCUUCAUCACAUCUGCUGAUGAAGAUCAUGUGAUGUGAUCAAAGCUCCUGGUUGGCUCAAGGUCAAGAGGGAACAGAAUCUGAAAUAGUUUAAAUUAUUCUUAAAAUCGCAGUUUGUUUGACGUUAGUGUGUAAAAUCAAAACUUGAAUAGUUUAAUAUAAGAAAAGUGAAAUGAUUGGAACAACCACUGACUAACAUUUUCAGGUUAGACGUUGUGAGAACGCUGUUAGCUUUGUUAGCUCGUAGCUUACGUAGCUUCAGCAGUUAAAUCCCGAGGUCACGUUUUACUGUAUGACACUGUGGACACGCCCCCUGCUGUUGACCUCCUGUCAGUGCACCCUCAGUCCGGCAGGAAAUCCGUUCAACCACUUCUUCUUGUGCAUGUUGAGAAAGAGUGAGGAGAAACAAGUUGUGCUGAACCGAACAAACACUAUCUCCGAGCAGGCCAAUUCCCCCCCGACUCCGACCCCCGAGUAGUCCCGGUCCCCGAGGAGGAGGACGAGUCCUUCAGACGCCGGCGAAAGAGAUCGCUGUCAAGAAAAGCCUCGGCCAGCCUCACCUCAUAAGACACGCCUCCUUCUCCCGCCU